UAUGGAGAAUGAUGUGAUUCUAGUCUUUUUUUAUACUGAUAACAUUGUCGUGAUUUGAGUACUCAUCUUAUAUUAUGUUUUUGUUAUUUUUGAUCCAAAGUUUCAAUAUUUUGAAUUUCAUUUCAGGCUAUAAGGGUUGCUGUCAUGAAAUGUAUUAAUGGGGUAUAUGCAUUGUGGGGUCGUAUUGCAUGUUCUGGCAAGAAAAAUGGUACUUAACUUGCACAAAGUGAUGGCAAAUCUAACCAGGUCAAUUUCUACAUUAUAUAUUCAUGAGGUUAAGGUUAAGUUUGAUUGUCUCGACUCAUUUGAUACUUUUGAUGAGUACCGUUCAGAAGAACUAUCUAUGACACUUUAUCACAGAGAAGACUCAUUAUCCAAGAUAAGUAACCUAAGUUCACAAGAUCAAAGAGACACUGUUGAUUUUUCAGGACCCUUAAUAUCUCAAAUGCACACCGUCCAUGAGAUCUUAGAAAGACAUGAGCGACACAUACGACAUACUGCAGUAAGAAAAUGGAAAGUAAAGAAACUGCAUUGA